CGAACCACCAAGUUCUCUACUUCCGUAGUUGCUAUUCUCUCCUCAUGUAUACCAGCAUACGAUGAGUCACAGUCAAGCAGCGUCUCCGCUUGCUGUCUCGCCGCUACAUCAUCAGAACAGAGACUCCUCACAAGGUGUCUGGAGCUCGGGCAAAGGAGCUCCUCAGGAGAAUGUCAGUGCCUCUAGCAGUGGCAGCCGACGGCCUCGAGAGCAGAUAAGGGCCGAAGACGUCCCACAGGAUGACAGCUUCCCAAGUCCGGCCGCUUCGUAUCAGGGCUCUUCGAAUAGAGUGCAGCGAGAGGGCACUCCCACCGAGGUCGGACGGCAGAUUGAGCCCUUUUCAGCAGAGGAGGAGACGGCCGAGGAGACCGACAAGGCCAGCAAUGGCGAGGGCGAUCCUCCCGUCUCUCGUCUACAUGCCACACUACGACAUUGUGCCAUACUUGGACUGCUGGCUUUCGCAUCGAUAUGGGGCACACUCACUCGAGAGGGACUGAUAGCGUUGAACACGUACGAUGGACAGAGCAUCAAGCCUGUCAUCUGGGCUCAGGCGGUGGGAUGUCUGGUCAUGGGAUGGACAGUCGCUAACAAGGAAGCCCUGGACCGACUAUACCCACCUGUGUUCGUCAUGCUGGGGACUGGAUACUGUGGCAGCGUGACCACAUUCUCCACAUGGAUCUUGAAUGUCUUUCAAGCUUAUGGAGACCAGAGCCAUUACAAUCGACACGGACUGCACAAUGUAAUGGAUGCUCUGACGCAGACCUUUGCUACUCUUGGUAUCUCUAUCGCCGCCUUGACAGCAGGCAAGCACCUUGCGCGAGUCCUACCGGCCACAGCUGUCGUGGAUUUCAUCGAAUCAGCAGCUAGCAAGAGGCGUCGGCGCAAGUCGCGGCGCUCUCUCUCAUCCUCCCAUACUCAGGCAGUGAAUGGUGACUCCCAUCGCGCUCAAGAGCACAAGACGACCUCAACAUACCCGCCUUCGGGCCACAAGACCCAUUUGAUACCCUCGAGCACUCGCUCGAAUCCUCCACUGACACCGAUAGUCGAUGUCUUCUGUUUUCUGGUUCUGGGAAUCGGAUUCUGGAUUGGUGCAGUCCUCCUCGCAGCCCUACCACCACAAGCGGAUUUCCGACCGUUGACAUUUGCUCUGGUCUUCUCCCCUCCUGGAGCAAUCCUGCGCUGGUACCUCUCACCUCUCAACUCCGCCAAGGGAUCCAAACGGUUUCCCUAUUGGCCUUUGGGUACCUUCAGUGCAAACAUUCUCGCAGUUUUCAUCAUCUGUGCCCUAUUCGUGGGUCAGCACUACGGACCAACAGGCACACGUCUGGCUGCUUCGACUACUGUGAGCUGCCAAGUGCUGUAUGGCCUCCAAGAGGGCUUUUGCGGCUGCCUGAGCACCAUCUCUACGUUUGCGGUGGAGCUGAGGAAUCUGAAGCCGAAGAGGAGAGCGGUUGGGUACGCAGUAGGCAGCUAUGUCAUCGGCAUUGCCAUCUGUGUGCUGCUCAUUGGAGCGCCGUGGUGGUCGCAGGGCAUGGAUGGGAGCUGUGAAGGAUUGCUAUCGUAUCCAAAGUAGAGUAGACCUGCAAUGUACAAUAUCCGUGGUUCAGCAAUGUACAAUAUC